AUGACCACACUGGCCGGCGCUGUGCCCAGGAUGAUGCGGCCCGGGCCGGGGCAGAACUACCCGCGCAGCGGGUUCCCGCUGGAAGUGUCCACCCCGCUGGGCCAGGGACGAGUCAACCAGCUCGGUGGUGUAUUUAUCAACGGCAGGCCGCUGCCCAACCACAUCCGCCACAAAAUCGUGGAGAUGGCCCACCACGGCAUCCGGCCCUGCGUCAUCUCGCGCCAGCUGCGCGUGUCCCACGGCUGCGUCUCCAAGAUCCUGUGCAGGUACCAGGAGACCGGCUCCAUUCGUCCGGGCGCCAUCGGUGGCAGCAAGCCCAAGCAGGUGACAACGCCUGACGUGGAGAAGAAAAUCGAGGAAUACAAAAGAGAGAACCCGGGCAUGUUCAGCUGGGAAAUCCGAGACAAACUGCUCAAAGACGCGGUCUGUGACCGGAACACCGUGCCCUCAGUGAGUUCCAUCAGCCGCAUCCUGAGGAGUAAAUUCGGGAAAGGCGAAGAGGAGGAGGCCGACCUAGAGAGGAAGGAGGCAGAGGAAAGCGAGAAGAAGGCCAAACACAGCAUCGACGGCAUCCUGAGCGAGCGAGCCUCAGCACCUCAAUCAGAUGAAGGCUCUGACAUUGACUCUGAACCAGACUUACCACUAAAGAGGAAACAGCGCAGGAGCCGAACCACCUUCACAGCAGAACAGCUUGAAGAACUGGAGCGUGCUUUCGAGAGAACCCACUACCCUGAUAUUUAUACCAGGGAGGAGCUGGCUCAGAGGGCAAAGCUUACUGAGGCCCGAGUACAGGUCUGGUUUAGCAACCGUCGUGCAAGAUGGAGGAAGCAAGCUGGGGCCAAUCAACUGAUGGCUUUCAACCAUCUUAUUCCGGGGGGAUUCCCUCCCACUGCCAUGCCAACUCUGCCAACAUACCAGCUGUCAGAGACCUCUUACCAGCCCACGUCUAUUCCACAAGCUGUGUCGGAUCCCAGCAGCACCGUUCAUAGACCUCAGCCGCUUCCUCCGAGCACUGUACACCAAAGCACUAUUCCUUCGAACCCGGACAGCAGCUCUGCCUACUGCCUCCCAAGCACCAGGCAUGGAUUUUCCAGCUAUACAGACAGCUUUGUGCCUCCGUCGGGGCCCUCCAACCCCAUGAACCCCGCCAUUGGCAAUGGCCUUUCACCUCAGGUAAUGGGACUUCUGACCAACCACGGUGGGGUACCUCAUCAACCUCAGACGGAUUACGCCCUCUCCCCUCUCACUGGGGGCCUGGAACCUACCACCACGGUGUCAGCCAGCUGCAGUCAGAGACUAGACCACAUGAAGAGCUUGGACAGUCUGCCAACAUCUCAGUCUUAUUGUCCACCCACCUAUAGCACCACGGGCUACAGUAUGGACCCCGUCACAGGCUACCAAUACGGGCAGUACGGACAAAGUGCCUUUCAUUAUCUCAAGCCAGAUAUUGCCUGGUUUCGAGUUCUCUCAAACCUGUUGGACAAAAGCAAUGGAGAAGAGGAAGAGGUGGAGCAAUAAAAGACAAAUGCAACAUUUUAUUGCAAUGGUUAUGUGUCAAAAUAUCCCAACUCUUUAGUGCUGAUCAUCAAGGAGCUAAACAUUCCAUUUGCAUGCACCCACACAUGUAUGUGCGUGCAUGUGUGUGUGUGUGUGUGUGUGUCUGAGAUUUACCUGGACUUUUAAACUGUAGAAGGACAACACCCUCUCACAUGUUUGAUGUCCAAGCCUGAUGCUUCUACAACUUCAAAACUGCUCCCUAAUGAAGCAAGAAUGGAGGACUCCUUAACUUGUACACACUGGAAAUUGAUAUAAAAAUAAAUGCCACCAUUUUUAGGAAGCUAGAUUAGGUAUAAAGGACCUCCUAAAUAAAUUAUUUGUUAUUAUAUGCUCAUUUGUAAUCUAGUUGUCAAUAGACAUCCCAGAGAAGAUAUGGGAUCCCAGGAAGGAAAGUUUGUCUUCUUUUCCAGUGUUGGGAGAAGUGUGUGGCAUUUUCCCCAACCACAUUCACUUGGAAGCCAAUCUGGGUGGCAGUGAGGGCCUGGUGGAGAAGAAGUGACAUGAAUUCACAUAUCUGCUUAUCAGUGUGCAAUACUGUGUACCUCACAGAUGCUUUGGCAUGGCCAAGGUGAUAUAAACUAAAUCAGAACUAUAUU